GAGCGAAGAAAUCGGCGAGAAAAUGGUCUAACCGAAGAAUAUUUAUAUGACAAAGAUACGCAUGCUGUAUCAUUUAAGGAUUUUGUAAAUAAAGAACUUGUUCUAUUUUCCAAUUGCGACAACGAACGAUCAAUUCCGAGCUUGGUUGAUGGAUUGAAACCGGGCCAACGCAAGGUUUUAUUCACGUGCUUUAAACGAGCCGAUAAAAAAGAGGUGAAAGUGGCGCAGUUGGCUGGUGCUGUUGGUGAAAUGUCGGCAUAUCAUCAUGGCGAAUUAUGUAAUAUUGGUAACUUUUCCAAGGAUGUAAAUAUAAGCCCAGUAACAAAAGCGCUAUUCCCAGCAAUCGAUGAAAAUGUCCUGCAUUUUCUUUUCGAAGAAAACCAAAAAAUAGAACCCGAAUGGUACUGUCCUGUGAUCCCCACAGUACUGGUGAAUGGUGCCGAAGGUAUUGGUACAGCUUGGUCAACAAAAGUGCCCUGUUACAAUCCACGUGAAAUUGUCGAUAAUAUUCGAGCAAUGAUUAAUGGCGAAGAACCGAAAUCUUUGGCCCCUUGGUAUAAAAAUUUUCGUGGUACCAUCGAGCAGCUGGAUGAACAGCGAUUUGUUUGUAACGGUGAAAUUGCGAUCAUCGACAAUGAAACAGUUGAAAUCACCGAACUGCCAAUUCGUACAUGGACACAAACAUACAAGGAAACUGUUUUGGUACCAAUGCUUGAUGGCAAUGAUAAACAGCCAGCUAUUAUAACAGAUUUUAAAGAAUAUCACACCGAUACAACUGUAAAAUUUGUUGUGAAAAUGAGUGCCGAGAAGUUGCGUGCUGCACGAGCAGAAGGAUUACACAAAGUUUUCAAGCUGCAGUCUGUCAUCAACACCACUUCAAUGGUGCUUUUUGAUCCGCUGGGAUAUCUGCGGCGAUUUGAAAAUGUUACAGACAUUUGCAAAGAUUUCUUUGAGACUCGUAAGAAAAAAUACAUAGAACGCAAAAAUUUCCAAGAGGGAUUAUUGCGAGCACAGAGCGAACGUCUUUCAAACCAGGCAAGAUUUAUUUUGGCAAAAAUCAAAGGCGAGAUAUUGAUUGAGAAUAAGCGAAAAGCAACAAUCGUUGAGCAACUCAUCAAGAUGGGUUUCGAUCCGGAUCCUGUGAAAAAAUGGAAAGAGGAGCGGAGGAAGCGUGAGCUGAUGUUGCUUGGUGAAGUUGCGCAAGAUGAGGACGAAGAGAAGGAUGAAAAUGAGGAGGAGGAGGAAGAAGCAGAAGCACAAGGAAAGGAAUUGACUAACAAAUUAAGCGCUUAUGAUUACUUGGUUGGUAUGGCAAUUUUGAAACUCUCUGAAGAGGAGAAAGACAAACUGUUGCGCGAAAGCGAAGCAAAAUUGCACGAAUUACGGGAAGCGAAAGAAAGAGCUGAUCUCGACGUACAGAUCAAAACUGCGGCAAAAAAACUACAGUUUGAAGGAACUGCAGCUAGCCGUAAAAAAGUCGCCACUGCACUGGUCAAAGAAGUGUUACCAGAUCCAAAUGCUGAACGCGUUGUGCCACAAAUUGAUGCAAUGAAAGAAAAAUACGAAAUUAAAAAAGCCGUUGAGGGACGUGCCAAGACACGUAAAACUCAAAUCAAGAAAGAAGCGAAGAGGGAAGGGGUUGAUGUACGAAAAUUCUUCGCGGGAAAGGAUGAAACGCCUGGCGAUAGUGAUAGCAUCGAAGAGUUGUCAGUGCAGGAAGUUGUUGAAGAUUCUGCCUCCAGCAUGUCAUCUGAUGAAAAAACAAAGAAAACUGAAAAACCGAAAAAGAAGCCAAUCUUAGCAGUAGCAGCAGAAGCUAGUAAAAAAUCGAAAGAUAUUGAAAAAAAGCACGAAAGUCGAGAAAUAAAGCAAAUGAAACCAAAGAAGAAGGAAAAAAGUCCUCCUGCUAUGCGUAUGGAGGAUUUCUUUGGAUCAAAAGCGGCCGGAAACAAAAAUCCUGCAAAAGUGAUGGAUGAUGAUUCGGAGAAUUCUGAAGAAGCUGGCCCAUCACAACCAGCACGACAUCCGUUGCGCAAGAGAAAACCAGUGAAUUAUAAUGUUGAUGAAAUUAAAGACGAUGAUGAUCAUGAGAACGACAACGAUGAAGAUUCAUUCGUGCUGGCACCAAAGAAAAGACGCAACAGAAGACUGAUUAUUGAAAGUGAUAGCGAUGAUGAUAAUAACUAUGACGUGGAAGUGCUCAGUAGCGAUUGA